AAACCAACAAGUUCGAAAAAGCUGGCUACUUUAAUGUUUCUAUUUUUUUUUCGUACGCCGGUCCCCCAAAAUAGAAAUUCCUCAAAGUCAAUCAUGACACAAACCAUGUUUCGCUCACUCCCUCACUCCCUCACUAUGUGAACCUCUUUUUUCUGUCUUGUCUUUGGUAUCGCACGCAACAGUAAUAAAGUGCCUUGUCAAAGGACACUGUGAUGGUUUGGUACUUUAUGGGAAAUUACAUUUGAUAAAAGAGUUCGGCUUCGGAGAACGACUACUGUAUGCACUGCCAUGUUGAAGGGCAGCCAGUUAGUGAGCGACGGCAGUGACUGUCAAAUCUUUCCAUAGAGCGAAUGUGGGAGCUUGGCAGCAGCUUUUGCGUUCACCAGCUGUUUUUUGCCCAACAAUGACACUUAUCAAAGCGACGUAUACCUCACCGCAAGGCGAUACAAAGACAUUCGAAUCAUCCAUUGCUGCGACCACGGGAUCACCGGUGGACCCUUUGACCGGAGCCAUUACGUCUAUCCAACGCGACAUUAAUCAAUACCUUACGCAGCUCAUGGCCACCAACAAUGAAACCCUGGAUCCAACUACUGUAGAAGAGGAUGAAGAAGAAGAAGAGAACGAGGACGAGGAAGAAUAUAUCAAUUCAAACACUCUUGAUGAAAAAUCGGCAAAAGCACGAGCCGCUGCAGCUGAAGGAGACCACGCUAACAAAAAGCUAAAGCAAGUAUAACUUUAAUGUCAUACCCAGAUCGGUCCUAGCGCUGAAUAUCUUCGUUUUUUUCAGCCAAUAGUAUUCAUAAACAAGCCCACUGAUUCAUUUCGCUGCAUCAAUUCCUAUACAAAAACAAAUACACAAUGUCUUCUUGCACACUUUCGCCUUCUUUUUUUCUUUU